UCGGAACAACGUGAGCGCUCGUGAGAAGACGAUUUUAGACGAGUCAGAAUAAGUGCGAGGCUAUCGGUACAGUGAUGGAGUCAUACGACAUUGAAGAGUACUACAACGUUGCUGAAGAACUGGUUCUAAAGGCGGGCAAAAUAAUAGAGAAUGGCAUUAGUUCGAAAAAGAGUGUGAAAAGUAAGGGGAUUGACUGGGACCUUGUUACAGAAUAUGAUAGGAAAAUAGAGGAUGAUUUACAGAAACAAUUGUCAAAAAUAUACCCACGACAUAAAUUUAUUGGUGAAGAAUCAACAGCAGAAAAACGUUGUUUGCCAAAGUUAACAGAUGAUCCAACGUGGAUCAUCGACCCUAUAGAUGGUACAACAAAUUUUGUUCACAGAUUUCCUCAUACAUGCAUCUCUUUAGCAUUACUGAUAAACAAAAAAAUAGAAAUUGGAAUGGUGUACAAUCCUCUGAUGAGGCAAUUUUUCUCUGCAAAGAAGCAGAAAGGAGCCUUUUUGAAUGGACAUCCUAUAAAAACAUCAGACAUAACAGAUCUAUCUCAAACACUAGUUGCAAUGGAACCAUGGAUUGCCAAAGAUUCAAAUUAUCUAGUCACUGUGUAUAGUAGAAUGCAUGCCUUAAUUCAAGGCACACAUGGAAUAAGGUCAUUAGGCACUGCAGCUCUUACACUAUGCUAUGUUGCAAUGGGUGCUAUAGAAGCAUAUCAUAUUGAAAGUAUAGAUGCAUGGGAUGUUGCUGCUGGAAAACUAAUAAUAGAAGAAGCAGGUGGAAUAGUAUUGGAUACAGCUGGUAUGAAUAUCUUACAAUAACUAUUUUUUUGUCACAUAACAUACAUUAACUAUAAGUUGUUUAUAUUGUUUUAGGCGGAGAACUGGAUUUGAUGACACCUAGAGUUAUUGCAGCUUGUAAUCAUCAAAUUGCUGAUCAGCUGA